AUGGCGGAAGCGGAGGAGCAGCCGCCUGCCUUGCCUCAGAGAGAAGGCCGAAGCGAGGGCGGGGAGGAAGCCCCGGAAGGCGGAGCUGCAGCGGGGGCUGCUGACCCGGCCCCCCCUCCGGCCGGCUCGCCGGGCACCGAGGAGCCCACCGGCGACACGAAAAAGAAAAUUGACAUCCUGCUGAAGGCCGUGGGCGACACCCCCAUCAUGAAGACCAAGAAGUGGGCUGUGGAGCGGACCCGGACCAUCCAGGGCCUCGUUGACUUCAUCAAGAAGUUCCUCAAGCUGAUGGCCUCUGAGCAGCUGUUCAUAUAUGUAAACCAGUCUUUUGCUCCAUCUCCAGACCAAGAAGUUGGGACCCUCUAUGAGUGUUUUGGAAGUGAUGGCAAACUUGUACUGCAUUAUUGCAAAACUCAGGCAUGGGGAUGAAUGACAAGCAAUACAGUUGUUUAGGUGUUGUCUUCAAACAUGGAAAAGGGACUAACUUUCUUAGACUCAACCUGUAAACACACAGAAAGAAGGAUUUUUGCAUUUCUGCUUAUGACUGUACAUUUAUAAAAACAAUGCAGAUGAAUAGCAUAAAAGAAGAGCUACCUAGGCUGUCUGAUCAUGUAGCUUUUUUCUGAUGUACAUCUGAGGUACAGAAAAAAAUCUGUAUCUGCCCUAUAUAGAGUAGAGCCAGCUCUCUUGCUGCUGAGUUCUCAAUUUUUGGAUCUGAAGGGAAACUAUUUCGUAGUUGUCUGGAGGACUGACUGGACAGCUCUGUCAUUCAAUAUGCUGUACUGAAGAUAAAAGUUCCUUUUUAUUAAAAGGGAUGUUUAUUGUACAUGUAACCUGGGAUUCAGUUUACUUCUGACAUGUUGUACAUCUGUUACAUGCGUUCUAUUCUUUGUGAAGUCUUCAUCUUGAAUAUGCAUUAUCUCAUGUCAUUUCAAGACAGUAUUUUGAUUUUUUUUCUCAUGAUUAAUCUGUAGGUAUUGGUAUAUAAUCUAAUUACUUCACGCUGUGCCUUCAUCGUGUUGGUAGUGUAAGUACCUCAUUUAUAUGGCACAGCAUAAUGUUAGGCCUCAGAAAUACUUUCCUCCCUCCCAAAUUGUGUAGUGAUUUGUUGAAGGCUGAACACUUCAGCAGUUGCCAAGGUGUUUCUUCUGGCACUGUUUAAUGACUCGCAUCAUUAGUUGAAUGAUGCAACUAGCUGUUGCAUCUUCAGUUAAUGAAGAAAUAGACAUGAGGUGCUAAAAACCUACUCUAUAUAUUCUCCUUUUGGCUGCUGUUGUUUUCCUGUUUCACCAGCUGCGUGUUCCAUCAACAAAAUAGAAUGCACCUUAUAUCCUGUUGCUAAGUCAUAUGAUAAGGAGGAUUUUUUUUUCAUCCUGGAGAGGACUUGGUACCUUGACUAGGGUACUGACCUUUGCUUUUAUUUA